GGGUGGGGGCUCACUGCGGUAUUAUGGCUCUUCCUUAGCCAGCGGCGGCGGCCGGAGGUGGGGUAGAGCAGUCCUGACUCUCGGGUGGCGGGUUGCUGGGCUACAGGGGCUCGGAGGCUGGUGGCUGGGCGGUGGUGGCGGAUGCCGGAGGAGCACCAGCCCCGCCGCUUGGCGGCCCCUGGGUCAGGAUGAGCGCCUCAGCGUCGGUCGGGGGCCCGGUGCCCCCACCGCCCCCGGGCCCGGCCGCCGCGCUGCCUCCCGGUUCUGCCUCCCGGGCCCUGCAUGUGGAGCUGCCUUUUCAGCAGCGGCGUCUUAGACAUCUUCGGAACAUUGCUGCUCGGAACAUUGUUAGUAAAAAUGGCCAUCAACUCCUUGAUACCUACUUCACACUUCACUUGUGUAAUGCUGAAAAGAUAUAUAAAGUGAAGAUCCAGAGCCAAAUGGAAGACAAGAAUCCAACAUGGCGGAGUCUUGAUUUUGGAAUAAUGCCGGAUCGUCUUGAUACAUCUGUGUCUUGUUUUGUGGUAAAGAUAUGGGGUGGAAAGGAGGACAUCUACCAGCUGUUGAUUGAAUGGAAAGUGUGUUUGGAUGGGCUGAAAUACUUGGGUCAGCAGAUUCAUGCCCGCAACCAAAAUGAAAUAAUUUUUGGGCUGAAUGAUGGCUACUAUGGUGCUCCAUUUGAACAUAAGGGUUAUUCAAAUGCUCAGAAGAAUAUUCUCCUUCAGGUAGAUCAGAACUGUGUUCGUAAUUCUUAUGAUGUCUUCUCUUUGCUAAGGCUUCAUAGAGCCCAGUGUGCAAUUAAACAGACUCAGGUAACUGUUCAGAAAAUUGGAAAGGAAAUUGAAGAAAAACGAAGACUCACAUCUACAAGCAAUGAGCUGAGAAAACAAAGUGAGUGCCUGCAAUUAAAAAUUUUGGUGCUUCGAAAUGAACUGGAAAGACAGAAGAAAGCUUUGGGAUGGGAGGUGGCAUUACUACAUAAGCAACAAAUUGCAUUACAGGACAAAGGAAGUGCAUUUUCAACUGAGCACCUCAAGCUUCAACUCCAGAAGGAAUCCCUAAAUGAAUGGAAGAAGGAAUGUACUGCGAAAAGAGAACUCUUUCUGAAGACUAAUGCUCAGGUGACAAUUCGUUGCAGGCAAUUACUGUCUGAGCUUUCCUACAUUUACCCUAUUGAUUUGAAUGAACAUAAGGAUUACUUUGUAUGUGGUGUCAAGUUGCCCAAUUCCGAGGACUUCCAAGCAAAAGAUGAUGGAAGCAUUGCUGUUGCCCUUGGUUACACUGCACAUUUGGUCUCCAUGAUUUCCCUUUUCCUACAAGUACCCCUCAGAUAUCCUGUAAUUCAUAAGGGAUCUAGAUCAACAAUCAAAGACAAUAUCAAUGACAAGCUGACUGAAAAGGAGAGAGAGUUUCCAUUAUACCCCAAAGGAGGGGAGAAGUUACAGUUUGAUUACGGUGUCUAUCUUCUGAACAAAAAUAUAGCACAGCUAAGAUACCAACAUGGACUAGGGACUCCAGACUUGAGGCAAACCCUUCCUAACCUGAAAAACUUCAUGGAGCAUGGACUGAUGGUCAGAUGUGACAGACAUCACACCUCUAGUGCAAUCCCUGUUCCAAAGAGACAAAGCUCCAUAUUUGGGGGUGCAGAUGCAGGCUUCUCAGGGGGGAUCCCUUCACCAGACAAAGGACACCGAAAACGGGCCAGCUCAGAGAAUGAGAGACUCCAGUACAAAACCUCUCCUCCCAGUUACAACUCAGCAUUAGCCCAGCCUGUGACCACCAUCCCCUCGAUGGGAGAAUCUGAGAGAAAAACAUCUCUGUCCUCCUCCUUGGAUACUUCCUUGGACUUCUCCAAAGAAAACAAGAAGAAAGGAGUAGAUCUGGGUGACAGCGUAACUGGAGGCCGUGUGAGUGUGAACACUAGCCAAGAGCAAGGAGAAGCGCUCUCUGGGCUCCCAGCUGCAGUCAAUGGCACUCUCCUACCCAGCGAGCAGGCCGGCUCCUCUGGUGCCCCACUUCCAGGUGAGUUCCAUCCCGUCUCAGAAGCGGAGCUCUGCUGUACUGUGGAGCAAGCAGAGGAGAUCAUCGGGCUGGAAGCCACCGGUUUCACCUCAGGUGAUCGGCUAGAAGCAUUUAACUGCAUCCCAGUGGACAGUGCCGUGGCAGUGGAGUGUGAUGACCAAGUUCUGGGAGAAUUUGAAGAGUUCUCCCGAAGGAUCUAUGCACUGAAUGAAAACGUGUCCAGCUUCCGCCGGCCACGCAGGAGUUCUGAUAAGUGAAGUGAGCCAACAGGCCGUAGGACCAGAACAGAGUUGCUGCCUGCAAUGAAGAUAAAGCUGCACUGGUUACCCUUUGUAAUAAUUGUGACACAAAAUGAAUAUUAAUGGAGGAUAUUCCUCGGAAAAACAGACUUUGUGAAUCGCAGAGGGACUCAGGAUCAUUGUGUAUCAGUGGGCCAGACAGAGUUAGAGUUUGCUUACAAGGUUGCUUUUCAGGCCUGAUGAUUAUUUUAAGGCAAAAGUCACUCUCUAGCUCAAGUCACCUUAUAGGUAUUUGUCUGCUUUUUUUAUUUACACUUUUAUGUUAUCCUCAGAGGGAAGAUGAUAAUAUAUAAGUAAUAUAAUGAACUUACCUUUGGUUUCUCAUAAGCAUUUGCCCUCACCACAGUUUAUAUAUAACUUUGGGGAAACUGAAUAUUCAGAGAAGGGUUUCCACCAUUUACUGAAUGAUUUUGGCCAUCCGCUAGCUUGAUGAAUCAGAAGCACAGUGGUCUUUUUAUAGCCAGGCCCCCAGGCUCCUGGUCAGCCUGUCUGCUGCCCCAUCCUCAAGUGGAUGGGUUGUGCAUCCUGAAAACGAGGACAUCAGACUCGCUGGUUCUUCAGUGCAGUAGCCAUGACCUUCCACCUCCUCUAAUCAGCCAAACCCUUGACCUCUCAGAUUAGAUAAAAAACCUCACCUCUGGUGAAUCCCAGGGGACCCUCAAGGAUCCCAAGCCUUGAGAGAUUACUACAGCCAGAUGGCCUGCAGUCCCCUUUGGGGGCCAAAGUUUCCCAAAGUUUCCAUGUGGGCAGAUGCUGCAGUCAAAAACUAGGCGUGCUUUCCGGCAGUGCACUUAGCAGACAAAAAUCCUUAUAUGUAAAUCCCAUGUUAAUUUAUUAAAUUUCAGUUGGAAAGGAAGGCAUUGUAUAUGAUGAAAUAUAUGUAGAGAGAGAGUCAUUCUGUCCAGUGUGCAAAGUGGAAGGCCAUUGAGAUAGUUGGGUUAAGAAGACUGGAUGAGGCACAGAAGACUAUCGGUAUCUGUGCAAUUACAUAAACAUUAAAUUAUGUUUUUGAAGUCCAAUUUCCUUCCUGGAGUUCAGAUUUCAUGCGCUAUUGCUAUGUACUUUAUAUACCCAAGGACAUCGCCUCAGGGUUGCAAGCUCUUUAGGGAAAUUUUAUGCAUAUAUCCAUGUAUUGUGUAGAAGAAUAAAAAUUGACUUCACCCGACCUGAUUUUUUUUUCCCCAGCUUCGAAAUUCCUCUUGAACCUACAUCUCCAUAUGUUACAUCAUGACAGGACUAGCCUGAACAAAACUGGCUUAUCCAAGCUAAUGUUGACUUCAUUUGAGUGUACAUAUUGUGUAUAGCAACGCAGACACCCUCGCAGUUAUACUUUCCAGUAGCUGCAUUUAUCCUACAUAACAACUUAACUCAUAGGUUUCAUAAUCAUUUUCAUAUUUUGUCCAAGCACUCGUGGGCUCAAUUUUAAUCUGUAGCUUCAUUGUUAAGUUGAAUAGUUUGUAUUAUUUUCCAUUUCAAGAGAACUCACAGAAUCAUUGCAUGACAAACUCAAAUCUGCAAGCAAUUAAAAGCUUUAACUUGAUCUGAAGAAAUUCAUCUUAUUCCACAGAAAGAGGUGGAACUAUUCCAAACCUGGAGCAGAAGCCAUCUGAGAGUCAUGGCCCCUUUGCAGUGUACUGUCGUUCAUUCUAGAGCCCAUGAGGGUGGAGGUAGGCAUGGUCUAUCAUCAGACUGGGCUGUAGGGUCCUCCAGUAAAGUAACAUCUUCCUCCUACCCCCAUAAAAGAGGAUUUUGGAGGACUGUGUUAGUAUUGAACAAUGGAAGGUGAUUCACUUGUGUUUUCUGGUUCCCCAAGAUAACGGGAGUGGACUUCAAACUUCACACCACCCUCAAAGACAAAGUGCAUUCAGUUGCAGGCCCUACAUACUGGCACCCCAAGCAGAGGGGCCUCAGAGAGAGCACCCGUGCUUAUAGCAUUGGUCUCAGCUUCCCCACAGCCAGAUAGAGCCUGGAACUCUGGGGUUCUGUCUGUCAGACUCCUUGAUUCUGGGCUUCUCAGCUUUUCAUCCCACAGCCUGGAGUCCUGCCAUGAAUGUGAUCACAUAGCCUAGAACUGAUCAAUAGUUGGUUUGGGCUUAGGGUUUAAAGCCCUUAGGUUUGGGCUUGUUUAGUUUGGGUUUUCAUUGAGUUUGUGUGAUGUCUGCAGUUUCUACCGUGACCUAGGUAGAUCCUAUAGUAUUAACAUGUCUUCAGGAAUAAUUCUGUUUGACAUUUAUCAAAGCUGCAGAAUUCCUCUUGCCUCUGUUUAAAGUGGCAAAGGCCAAAAUAUGGGAUGAGUUAUUAUCUCCUAUUGAUCUUUUUAAUCAGUCUUGUAAAUCACUAAAAAAAAGAAAAUUUGCUUUGAGGAUAUAAGCUGAAAUGAAAACUCACUCCUAUCCAUUUAUGAACUAAGAGCCCUUUCAGUUUUCAUGUAGCUGAGACACUUCUAACAGCCGGCAGUGUUAUCAAAUGAAUAUUUGAUUGUGUUUUUUCUCUCUCCACUUCCCCUUACCUACUUUAGAAAUUCCAGAGAUUUUUUUGCCCCCCUCACAAUAUUUGUUUUGGAAGAUUGUAUCCAGCUAUAUUUUUUUAGCCAUUCUAAUGGUGCCCAUUUAUCCUGACCUAACUGGUUAUUUAAAUAAUUUUUUAAACCACCACCAAUAAUAAACGGCAUGUGAAACUGAUCUGUUGGUAAUUGGAAGAAAACUCAGCAUCUGUAUUUAUAAAAUAAAAUUGAUUAGUAUUUA